UUUCUUCAAUUUGCUUAAAAUAAAAGCUUUCUUUCCAGCUUUAAGAAGAGACUCACCCAACAUCUUUUUUAACCCUCUCAUUAAAUCCUACUAAUCUACAAACCCUAUCUCUCUCAUUUCACUCCUUACACUCAUCCUAUCUAGUAUCUAUUAUAAACUCAAAUGAAGUUUUCUAUCUUUCUUCUAAAAUUUAGCUAAAUCGAGUUUACUUUCUGGGUUAAUUUGAGUGGGCUCAAAAGCUCAAAGCUUCAGAGAAACGCCAAUUCCAAUUUCAUCAUUAGCCCUAUUGCUAAUCUGCGUGUCAUCUUCUUUACUUCAAGUUUUCCCCUUUUUUGGGUUUGCUUCAAAAUCAGAGAAAGGCGCAAGCUUUAUCCUUUUUAUCUUCGUUUUCUUCUGCUCUAAGCAGAUGAUUACUCGAAUGGGCAAGAGGGCUUAGUCGAUACAUUGUAUGGUAAAAGAAAAGAUUCCCUUUUGGGUGGGUGUCUCUUGCUUCAAUCGUGGGAGUUUUGUGAGGAAAGGGACCAAAGAUGUCAUCUGAGAAUCCUUUGAGUGCUGAGAUGUCUAAGAAGGUCUCUUUGUUUGGUUUAACGGAUGUGAAACUGUGGGUGUUGGUUUGUUUGGUAGUUGGAGCAUUCUUAGCUUUGGCUCUAUGUAUCUUAUCUGUAUGGAUUGCAUUCCGUCGAAAAUCAAGGAGGCCAUCUCACAAGAUGUUACCUUUCAGUCAAAUACCACGCGUGGCUAAAGAUAUCAGGGUUGAUGAUAGAGUUGGGCUUCGAAGCCACAAUGAUAAUGUAUGUGUCGCAGUUGCUGAUAAACCGAGUGACAGAAACUCAGGGAAGAUGAUGUCUUACUUGGGGAGAACCAAGUCUAGUGAUAAUGAUAGUAUAAGCCAGUGUAGCUCUGUGCAUCAUCAUGAGAGAGCUUGUAGUUCUCACUCCGGUGAAGAAGGGAGCUUUGGAGCCGCUUGGAGACAAGCUUCUCUUUCGCAGAGCGUGCCUGUAACAGCAUCUCCUUUGGUUGGUUUGCCGGAAAUAUCUCAUCUUGGUUGGGGACACUGGUUUACUCUUAGGGAUCUUCAGCUAGCCACCAAUCGUUUUAGUGCUGAGAAUGUAAUCGGUGAGGGUGGUUAUGGAGUUGUUUAUAAGGGUACACUCAUCAACGGUAACGAUGUUGCUGUAAAGAAGCUUCUGAACAACUUGGGACAGGCUGAGAAGGAGUUCCGGGUUGAAGUUGAGGCUAUUGGUCAUGUACGGCACAAGAAUCUUGUAAGGCUUCUAGGAUAUUGCAUAGAGGGUGUUCAUCGGAUGCUUGUUUAUGAGUAUGUGAAUAGUGGUAACUUAGAACAAUGGCUACAUGGAGACAUGGGGAAACAGAGCACUCUCACUUGGGAGGCACGCAUGAAGAUCCUUGUCGGUACUGCACAAGCGCUUGCUUAUUUACACGAAGCAAUAGAACCAAAAGUAAUCCACAGAGACAUAAAAGCAAGUAAUAUCCUGAUUGAUAAUGACUUCAGUGCAAAGCUUUCAGAUUUUGGGUUAGCCAAGCUCUUAGACUCGGGUGAGAGUCACAUCAAUACAAGAGUGAUGGGCACAUUUGGGUAUGUAGCACCAGAAUAUGCUAAUACAGGUCUAUUAAACGAGAAGAGCGACGUCUAUAGCUUUGGUGUUUUGCUUCUGGAAGCUAUAACUGGAAGAGAUCCAGUUGACUAUGAACGUCCUGCUAAUGAGGUGAAUCUGGUUGAAUGGCUAAAGAUGAUGGUUGGAACAGGAAGAGCUGAAGAAGUUGUUGAUCCAAGGAUUGAGCCCAAACCGGCUACACGUGCACUAAAACGUGGACUUCUUGUAGCCCUGAGAUGUGUAGAUCCAGAUUCAGAGAAACGGCCCAAGAUGAGCCAGGUUGUGCGGAUGCUUGAAUCAGAUGACAACCCUUUUCGUGAGGAGCGGAGGAAUAGAAAGAGUAGAACAGCGAGUAUGGAGAUAGUCGAGGCCACAGAGGUGGACUCAGCUGAGACUAGCAAACGGCCUGGUCACUCACAGAACCACACAACACAACCUGAGAAGAAGACUCAUGAAUAGGAAACAUGCUAGUAACUUCUUAUCACCACCAUAUGCUCUACUGGUGAUGGAUGGAUGACACAGGAGUUUCUUCGUGCUUGAGAAGCAAAACAGAAGAGCUGUUCCAGAUGUUUUCUUAACAUCGGGUGAGUAACUGAUGAUGCAAUCUAAUCUUAGGAAGCCAAAUAUCUUUUUUUGAUGAUAGAGAAGCCUUUUUGCCUCUCUUGAACUUUGUGAUCUUUGGUUCUUCUUAAACUCUGAGUUCUGUCUGUUAGCCCAUGGCAGAUUUGUUGUACUAUGAAUUGAAUAUAUUUGUCAUCCUCUCACUCUCUUUGAUUGAGAUGUGUAUAAUAUAAUCAAGUUGCGAUA